AUGGGCACAGGCAUUGUUUCAAUCCUACUAAAUACCCUGCCCUAUAACGGUGAAUGGCUCUACUGGAUCUCUGUUGCGAUCUUUGCCUUCAACGUUCUUCUCUUCGCGAUAGGAUGUGUCAUCACCGUCCUCCGGUACUCGUUAUACCCGGAGAUUUUCACUGUGAUGAUUACCCAUCCGGUUCAGUCUAUGUUCCUUGGGACGUUUCCAAUGGGCUUUGCCACUAUUGUUAAUAUGUUUUGCUUCGUCUGCGUCCCAGCUUGGGGGGAAUGGGCCAAGAACUUCGCCUGGGGGAUGUGGAUAUUUGACGCCAUCCUCUCAGUCAUUAUCGCUCUCUCGCUGCCAUUCUCAUUGAUGGCCCAUGGAGGCGAAACGCAACUCUCAUCCAUGACCGCGGUUUGGCUCCUCCCCAUUGUCAGCUGCGUCGUUGCCGGGUCUUCCGGCGGCAUCGUGGCGGGUGUUCUCUCCAAUCCGCAACAUGCGCUCUGGACUGUGAUCGUUUCGUAUAUCCUGUGGGGAAUCGGACUUCCACUGGCCAUGAUGGUCAUGGUGAUCUACCUACAGCGACUGACUCUGCACAAGAUUCCGCCCAAGGCGGUGAUCGUCAGCGUUUUCUUGCCUCUGGGCCCAUUGAGCCAAGGCGGUUUUGGGAUCUUGAAACUGGGUAAAGCCGCACAGACCAUUUUCCCUCAAACGCACACACUUCAGGCAUCAUCCGGCGAUGUCUUCUACACAGUAGGCUUCUUGGUCGCCUUGAUUCUCUGGGCUUUCGCACUUGUCUGGCUCUUUUUCGCCCUGGCAUCCAUUGUUCGAUGCAAGAGCUUUCCGUUCAACAUCGGAUGGUGGGGGUUCACAUUUCCCCUGGGUGUCUUCGCCACCUGUACCUGUGAAAUGGGCACAGAAUUGCCAUCGGAGUUCUUUAGAAUCCUUGGGACAAUUGUCUCGCUUUGCGUGGUUGUAUUAUGGAUUGUUGUGAGCGUUGGGACGCUCAUGGGAGUGGUAUCCGGACAGUUGUUUGUCGCGCCGUGUUUAGCGAACUUGAAAAGCAAAGAGGAGGACAAAGACGCGACCAGAGCUGCGUAA